ACUACUGCAUUCUUGGUCAGGACAAGGGUUUUUCACAGAACGCUUGGCCUUUGUGAAGCUCACUGUGUUGUUCUCUUAGCUCAAAAGGGAAUUGGUGAAGAAGAUGCCUAGACCAGGGCCAAGACCUUAUGUGUGUGAGAGGAGAGCUUGGCACAGUGAUAGGCACCAACCCAUGAGAGGUUCUCUCAUUCAAGAAAUUUUCAGGGUUGUUCAUGAAAUUCAUAGCUCAGCUAUAAAGAAGAACAAGGAAUGGCAAGAGAAGCUCCCUGUUGUUGUCUUGAAAGCAGAAGAAAUUAUGUACUCCAAAGCCAAUUCCGAGGUAAAAUGUUUUCAUUUUUGCUAUUCUUGGGUUGAAAUUUGAAGCUGUUUACCUCCCAUCCCUUUAAAUUCGAAGGGUAAAACAAAAGUGCUAAACUUUGAUUAUUAUAUUUAUCAGUUGUUUCUGAUUUGGUUGGCCAAAAAAAUAUCAAUUUUGUUGUUUUAUUUCUUCUGCUAAAGAAAACUUUGAACAGUUAAUUGUCUGUAAAUUUUGGGUUCUUUUACAUUUCUUGAAUAUUCCGAGGAGAAUCGUUAGUUUGACAAAUUUGUGGUUGUUAACUUAAAUCUGUUAUUAUGCAUUCUAAAUAUUAUUCAGGCUGAAUAUAUGGACCCUAGAACUCUUUGGGAUCGAACCAAAGAUGCCAUUAACACAAUCAUUAGGCGUGAUGAAAGUACGGAAACUGGAGAGUUUCUUCAACCUUGUAUUGAAGCUGCUCUUAAUUUGGGCUGUACACCUAGAAGAACUCUGAGGAGCCAACGUUAUAGUACCCAGAGAUAUUACCUUAACACUAGCCCUCCGGAAGCAGAGAACAAUCUCCAAGAAGAUCAUACAAUUAACACACAGUGUAUUGCUAAUUAUUUUGAUUUUGUGAAACGUACACCCAUGAAUGUGACUCAUUUGGGGUCUGAAUUACAGAAAUCAGUUGCACAGAACACUAAGUCCACAACUUACAGAUUUCCCUUUGCAUCCGAGAAUGUUACCUCUUUUGGUAAUGAUCAUUGCUUACCUAUAAAGCAGUAUCCUGUUUCAAGUUUAUAUUCAGUUUAUCCACUGUAUUAUGGAACUCACUUUCAACUUGAGGAACCCCGGCAUGGAAUGGGAAUCUUGCCUCAGUCACUUUCUAGCGAAGUCAAGGCUUUGGAGCCUGGCGAAGUGGGAGCUACUCAGUCUCUUUUGUCCUGUGAUGUAGACAUUUCAAACAAGAACACUCAAAUAGAUGUCAGGGAUAUUCCUGACAACCCACAUGGAAGUGUUUGUGAUCUAUCAUUGCGUUUGGGCCCUCUUUCUGUACCUUGCUUGAGUGCUGCAAACAGUGACUCUAAGGAAAUUGAAGAUGCCAGUUCCACUGCUCAAGAGAGGAAUAAGGUCACUGAUCUUACACCCCCAAUUGGUAAGAAGGUAGCUUGCUUUCCUAGGAGUAAUGGGGAUGACCCCUUGAAUUCAUCUUCGGACAAGUGGAGUGUUCAAGGGGGAUUUAAGAAUGUAGAUGCAAAAAUGAGAAAGCGGAAGGCUGUGCUUUGCCCAUCUGAAGGUUGGCAGUUUUGUUGGCAGCCAAAGCUUCCUUCUACCCACUUAGCCAGAGGAGGUUCAUAGACUUUGUUGGUUGAUUCAGCACAUUGCUUCAGACCAUUGCUGUCCUGGUGAGUAUGCAUAGUUGAAGCCUCUUUUUUGCCAUAUUCUGUGUUUUGUCACCUUUUCUUGGAAGCUUGCAAACUUGCGUGGUGUAAAUAUUGUCUGGGGUUUAGUUAGAGGAAGUAAUCAUGGAAAUGCUAACAAGAGAAGAACUUUCAGUUUAAUGUACAAAUAUGUUGUAUUAUGUGUGCCACUUUUAUGAUAUGUUACCCUAAGAGGUUUACACUUUUUCUAAGAGCUACUACUUUUAUCUGCUUGAUCAUUCUGUUUAGUACCAUGCUUAGCCUGAUUAAGUAGGAAAACUUCACUUAAAGACAGAAGAAAAAGAUGGGUGCUUUGUUUGUCUGAAUGGGGGACAGGAAAUUCUCUUCACAAAAUCUAAUAGUAUUCAUCAAUGUCAAUGUGCUUGGUGGGUGUGGUGGUGUGGACCCUUCUUUGGUCCAAAUUAGGAAGGGAUAGAAAGAAAUGAUUAAUGAAUGAAUGUGAAGUUU